CGACUCGUUGUCGAACGACACAUCUCUAGCUUGUUGCGAAGUUGCUGAAGCUAACGAGUGCGAGAGAGUGAAAAAUAAGAACAGUACAAUAGAUUAUUAUAUUAUUGUCGUUAUUUUUAAAGAUUGUACAGUAAUAGUUAGUAUUUGUAGAAUAGUCCUCUCGUCGCCAAGACUUGUGGGUGGACAGGAGGUGAUGCUGUAACGCUGAUUAGGAGCAUCAAUGCUUCAAGACGAGACUGAACGGCUAAAAUAUAGCUAGCUAUUAGUUAGCUAGCUUGCUACGCUAAAGUCACCGCUUAGUGCCAAUGAAGCUGAAGUAAUUGCUCGGACAGUUCUUGUGCAUGUGACUCAGCUAAUAGCAGGCUGCUAAUCGGGGCGGACUGAACGGGUAAGUAUGUAUGUAGGUUGAAGGAUAGACAGCUAGCUACCAGCUGUCAGCACCCGAGACCAGCAUCACUGAUGAUGUGUUUGCGCUCCCUCAGGCCAGUCUCGUUAAUAACACAUGCUGAUCGAUUGAUCUCAAUUCUGUUAAUACUCCCUGACAGGUUCGUUGACAUGUCGUCUCCAUCACCAGUACAAAUAAGGGAGGCGAACGCGCAUCUUGCUGCUCUGCACAGGCGAGUCGCUGACCUGGAGCAGAAACUCGAGGCAGCCGAGAACACACUGCGGGAGCAGGCUGAGAGUCUGAUCCGAAAAGACGAACAACUCAGGGCAGCUACACAGGAAAUAACCGAGAACAAGGACAGGGAGAUCUCCUACCUCCAUGAGAAGCUUUGUCAGUCAGAGGAAUCCAUUCAGAAACUCCAGCACAUGGUGAAGGAGAAGGAUUCCCUGAUUGGGCAGUUGCAGCACCGCUGCCAGCUGUUGGACAACAUCUGCAAAAGCCGUCCUCUGUUAGAUAGCAUGCUGGCCCAGAUGGCUGAGGCUGAGAGAAUGGGGCCUGUUAUUGACUUGGUAAAUGCUACAGCGGACACUUCGCUCACGGAUGGAGAGUCCAACUGCAGCCCCUGCGGCCUCUCAAAUCACAAAGACUUUUCACUCAGCGAGGAUGACAUGGACGAUCCAGAGCUAGAGGGCGUGAUGUUUGGAACAACAGUAUGAAAAUAAGAGUGUACCCAUCAUGUUUCCAUAUUGCGUGUCUUUGGUAGAGCAAAUGUGGAUCUUUGUCCACUAUGAGACCCAGAUUUUGACUGAUUCUUUACAUCCAAAUGUCUGUCCAGUCCAGUUCAUUUGAGUAUGAUUCUUCAAGCUGCUUCCAUUACAUUAUUGCAGUAAAGCUGGUUUAAAUAUGGUGGCCUAAGACAAGGUUUUAACCCCAUAUUCACCUAAUUCUAAAUUUCUGGAUUUGAGCACCAAAAAGUGAUCUAUUUAAACAUGUAAGGUCAGUUGUUUUCUUAACAAUCAUUUAGUAAGAAGCCACACCCAUGUUGACCUACAUGCCCUGGUGGGAUGAUAUUUGAUUCUGUGCCACUAACGUUUUUAGACAAAAGUAGUUGUUACUAAGUGGAUUCAAACGUUACUUCUACAUUAAGUUGGGUCAGUCGAACAGAAGUUGAUGUCUGGAUUGGUUGCAAAUAACUUCACAUAAUUUGUAAAUGUUUUAUUCUCAAUUUAGUUGUUAUUCCCUUGUCAUAUCCUUAGUAGCAUUCAUUUUCAGGUCACAAACAUCCAUUUUAUUUUCAGUUACAUUUUGUCAUGGAUUUAUGCAAUGCAAGUUUUAUCAUUAUUUGGAAAAAAAAAGAAUGGUUCCAGUUUAUCAGCUUGUUGGAUGGUUUGUUUUCUUUGUCCCUCAAAAUGACUUCUUCAAGUGGGUAACUGUUGCACAAAUUCUAGCUAUCAACUGUCCUAUUUGGAACAUUACAGCUAGAAAAUAAAACUGUUAAAAUAUCUUACUCUGUUUUAUGCAAAGGUGAAGUGUGCUACUGCAUCAUGGCACAGUGCUUGUGUAUCAGGGCAUGUGUGUGUUACCUUUUAUUUUCUACAGAGUUGAUUGGUGCCUCAAAUGUGAUCACUUGGUCUAUGGAAUUAUUUAUUCUACAUUAAUAAACUAUUUUGCUAAUCUA